GGCAGGAGGCAGCUACACACACCGGACUGUGAUGAACCUCUACGGCCUGAAUUCACACGGACCCUCCGACCUGUAGACCACCUGGAAGUUUAAACUCCGCUCCAAACUUUCGGCGGGGCUUCGCAGUCUCCCGUCUGACCGGCCUGUAAAGCGAAGAGAAGCGACCGUCCCACAUGCUCCUGCCUUGUUCCUGCUAGUCUCUAGUCUAAAACAACCAGGUGAGCGGGGCCGACCGGCUUCCCCAAGGGACCUGCGCAGGUAACUGUGCUGGUGGGAGGGGAAGAGCAGGAGGAGAAGUUUUACCUGUACGCGCACGGAGACGCUCCCUUUCGGCUCACGGCUCUACAGUAGCCGGAGAACAGCACCGUCCGGCGUGUCGCCGAGCAGCAGGACGGUCAUGGAUCUACCAGGAGAGAGCGAGACCCGGCGGAGGGAAGGCAGGAGAAACCCCGCCGUGACCGGCAGGAGAAGACCACCGGUGGAUACGCUGUACGCCGCCGCUAUUAUCUGCCUCCAAGUUCUGUCCAUCCAGGCCGCCACCAUCCAGUUCACCAAAGAGCCCAAGUCCCAGGAUGCCUUGCACGGCCGCAGCGCCAUGCUACGCUGCGAGGUCAGCGACCCGGGCGACAUCAGCUACGGCUGGCUUCACGACGGCCAACCUCUGGAAAACGACGACCGGCGCUUCCAGGAGGGCAGCAACCUCAAGUUCACAGCGGUGGACCGGAGGCUGGACGCGGGGAACUUCGAGUGCGUGGCCCAAAACACGGUCACGGGAGAGGCAUUCCACUCCACCAACGCCUCCUUCAAUAUCAAGUGGUUAGAAAGUGGCAGAGUGACUUUAAAGGAGCCCGCUACGGAAGGAGAGAUCGAGAGCUCAGCGCCAGUCACCCUGCGCUGUCAUAUCGAUGGACACCCACGGCCCACGUGCCAGUGGUUCAAGGACGGGACGAAGCUGACGGAGAAGAGCCAUCAGAUCAACAACAAGGAAAGGACGCUCACCUUCAAGAGCGCCAGCCCAGACGACAACGGCCUGUACUACUGCUGCGCCAAGAACGCAGCCGGCCACGUCUGCAGCAACAGCAACUUCACCCUCAACAUCAUCGAUAAGAGUUUUCCACGGCCGGUGGUCACUCCAGAGGACCAGGUGGUGCUGAGGAACGAGGAAGCCGUGUUCCACUGCCAGUUCACCGCUGUGCCGCCCCCCACGCUGGAGUGGUACCACGAAAACGAGCUGCUGGUUAACAAGUCUCGAGUGUUCCUGCUCUCCAACGGCACAGUGCUGAUCACUCAGGUCAAGCCCAGGAACACAGGAGCCUACAAGUGUGUCGGCAGGGGCGUCAGCGGGGCCGAAGUGACGCUGGAUGCCUCGCUGCUCAUAGCCGAGAUAGAAGACAUGGUGACCAAGAUGUCAAAGGUUUUCACGGCGGACACACUGCAGCGAGUACCCUGCCGCCCGCCGCGGGGCAGACCCGAGCCUGAGGUCUGGUGGGAGAGAGAGGGUCAGCGGGUGCCCACGGAGGGACGGGUGUACCAGGACGGCCUAGAUCUUGUCUUCAGUCCCACAGAGGGGGGAGAUUCAGGCACCUACACCUGCGUAGCUCAGAACAAGGCGGGCCGCAGGACGCAGGAGGUCACCUUCACCGUGGCUACUGCCCCAGAGUGGGUGACUAGGCCAAAGGACUCCCUCUUAGAAGAGGGUAAACCAGGUUACCUCCACUGUCACGCUCAGGCCAACCCCGAGCCUGAGGUCACGUGGCUCCGCAACAACAACCUGAUCACACCAGAGGACUCUCGUUUUAAGCUGUUCCCUAACGGCACCCUCAGGAUCAACAAUGUGGAGGUGUACGAUGGACAGGUGUACGGCUGCGAAGCAAAGACUGAAGCCGGCCGACUGUCUUGGCAAGCCAGAGUUACUGUGCUCGAGAAGCUUAAGUUCACCCCGACACCUCAGCCCACUCAGUGCCUGGAGCUGGAUAAUCAGAUCAUCAUACAGUGCUCUGCUACAGCCAGAGACCCCCCCUCCAUCCACUGGACCAAAGCAGACGGAGGAAAUGUGCCACCUCACGUGGAGCAGAGGAACGGCCAGCUCCACUUCACCAAAGUCACCCGCGCCGAUGCCGGCAACUACACCUGCAUCGCCUCCAACCCCCACCAGGGGGAGAUAAGAGCCUUGGUGACCCUCAUUGUGGCCGUUUACGUUCGAUUUAAGGUGGAACCGGAGAAUACAACGGUGUACCAGGGCCACACAGCCAUUCUGCACUGUCAGGCCACAGGCGACCCAGAGCCUCACAUCCACUGGAUAGUGAAAGACAGGCCGCUGGACUUCAGUAAAAACAGGAGGAUCCAGAAGAUGCCCAAUGGCUCCUUAAUAAUUACAGAUGUCACUACAGAUGACACGGGCAGAUAUACAUGUGUAGCCGGAAACAGCUGCAGCAUCAAAGACCGGGUGGCUCAGCUCUAUGUAGUGGAUAAACCAGUGCACAGUCAUGAUGAAGAUGAAGACAGGGCUCCUUACAAGAUGAUUCAAACCAUCGGCCUGUCGGUCGGAGCGGCUGUGGCUUACAUCAUUGUAGUGCUGGGCCUCAUGUUUUACUGCAAGAAGAGACGCAACGCCAAAAGACUACAGAAGGGCCAUGACGGAGAGGAGCCGGAGAUGGAGUGUCUCAAUGGAGGUGCUGUUCAACAAAAUGGCCACACCACCACCGAGAUCCAGGAAGAGGUGGCACUCACCAACAUGGGUACCAUGGCAACAACCGAGAAACGCCACAGCCACGUCAACAACGAUAAGCUACACUUUCCUCGAGCAAACCUACAAACCAUCACUACUUUAGGUAAAGGGGAGUUCGGCGAGGUGCUGCUAUCCAAAGCUAAGGGUAUCGAGGAGAGGGAGGAGGAGACGGUGGUGUUGGUGAAGAGCCUGCAGACCAGAGACGAACAGCUUCAACUCGACUUCCGCCGCGAAGCCGAAAUGUUCGCCAAGCUCAGUCACCCCAACGUCGUCCGCCUGCUGGGUCUGUGUAGAGAGGCAGAGCCGCACUACAUGAUCCUGGAGUACUACGACCUGGGAGACUUAAAGCAGUUCCUGAGAAUUUCCAAAAGCAAAGAUGAGAAGAUCAAAUCUCAGCCAAUCAGCACCAAGACCAAAGUUUCCAUCUGUGCCCAGGUGGCUCAUGGGAUGGAACAUCUGUCCAAUCACCGCUUCGUGCACAAAGACCUAGCUGCCCGAAACUGCCUGAUCAACAGUCAGCGGCGCGUGAAAGUGUCGUCACUCAGCCUCAGCAAGGACGUCUACAACAGCGAGUACUACCACUACAGGCAGGCAUGGAUCCCGCUGCGCUGGCUCCCAUCGGAGUCCGUGUUUGAGGACGACUUCUCCACCAAGUCUGACGUGUGGGCCUUCGGAGUGUUGAUGUGGGAAGUGUUCAGUCACGGGGAAAUGCCAUACACCAAACUCAGUGAUGACGAGGUGCUGGAAGGUCUGCAGUCAGGGAAGCUGAAGCUGCCCGUUCCAGAUGGAUGCCCCUCCAAAGUCUACAAGCUCAUGGUCCGCUGCUGGGCACCCAGCCUCAAAGAGCGCCCCUCCUUCAGUGACAUCGUCCACGCCCUUGGAGAGCUGCCCUCUGACAGCAAAGUCUGAGACGACCCACAUCAGAGGGGAACUUUAACCAACCCUUUCCCCACAAAAAUAUAAAGACAGGAAUGCUGGAUUAUUAGUCUCACACAUUUCAGGGAAGAGGGUUGAGGAGAAAACACUUUUUAAAAAAUAUGCAUUUCAAAAGGUGGGCGUGUGGAUAAGACUUCUUUGCUUUUAUCAGUGGAAACGCGCUCACAUUUGUGUGAACGGCUUCUCGUGAGCAGUGCCAGGAGUUUACUUUUUUGCCUUAACUGCAGCAUGGAUGAACCCUCCCCUCAAAUCCCUGCCUGUGGUUCCACUGUGACCCUGCCUGCCUGUCUGCGGCCGCUCUGUCCCAGAGACACUCUGUUUCACAGAGCCUCACGACCUCAGUGCCUCUACCCCUCCACACACACACUCACCCCACACCUCCAACUGCUUCGUUAGGGAUGUUAGAUAAAGUUUCCCAGGCUGAAAUCAAGAAAAGCCAUGAAGUUUAUGAUCACUGCUCUGUAACUUCCCAUGUGUUUUCUCAUAAAAAUGGAAAGCAGGAUAUAUUGUGACUUCAGUGGAACAUUGAAGCUCCUUAAUUAUUAGUCGGCUGAAUCUUGACUUACUCAAAUUUAUCACUACUCUUUCCACCAUGGAGCCAACACCUGUACGCUGUUACCAAUAACCAACAAGAUCCUCCAAGGUGUGUGUGUGUGUGAGUGUAUGUGCGUGCGCGCGCCACUGAACUGUUCCCACGCUACAGAGUACAUUCAAGGAGGACGUGGAAAGGGGUUUGCAUGAAGGUUUGUCUGGUCUGUUACGCUCGUCAUGUGCAACAUGAGGAGACUCAUGGAAAAAGUUAAUCCGUGUUAUGGAACAGCACAAAAAAAAAAGAUCAAUUUUAUAGCCAAGGAAUAUGUUGAGAUGAGACUGUGCCAGUGUGGGCUUUGUACGUUGUUUUUAUGAGUGUGUUCUGUUCUUGUAUUAACUUUUGAGGUGCUUAUUGGUCAGUACCUUUUAUACUACAAUAACAUGUUCAGUUAUCAUGUUGUCUAAAUUGCAGGGAUGCAGCCUAUCACUGUGUUUAUCCUGUAGUGUAAUUUCAUCCGAGGUCCAAUCACAGUUUCCCUCCCGGUCCAGAUGUUUUGUGCAAUGCUGCAAAGUGGACCAUCACACCAGGCAAUGUGUACAUAAUGUAGAAGCCAUGCACUAACUUCACUUAAAAGAAUAUCCCUCUUUAUCGCUAUCAUGUUGUGUAGAAGGACAUGCAGGUGCCUGUUUAUUUAUGAUGAAGGUCCUGUCUUUUUUUUUUUUUUAACUAUGUUUAUAAUAGAAAGGUACUUCUCUGAGGUAAUUAUGUUAUGUAUUCAAUCUCAUGAUCCACCGUAGUGUACAUUCAGGCUGGCGAAUCAGCUGGUAAUGCUAACACUAAGUACAAAGGAGGUCAAAAGAGUGACUGCUGGUCACCAGUACUCAUUUAAGUGCCUGGUAAAUGAAGGAUUAUCUAAAACGUUUCCCUCUUUUUUACAUUAUCUAAUCAAAUGCAAUGGCCUUUGUUUAUGACCUUGUUUUUUUAUACGUUUUUAGUGUAAUGGUUUGUUUCUAUGAAUGCUAGGCACUCACACCUAGACCUCUACUUUUUUUUCUUUUUAAAAAAAAAUCUGCUUCAGCAAAUGUUCACAGUAAUCACGGAUAUA